GGUCAGGCACAUCCUCCGCCUUGAAGUUGCCCGCGGGGAAGCAGUUGCGCCAGAAUAUCAAGAGCAGGUAGUACGCCUCUGUGAAGAUUCCCAUUUCGGCAAGAAUCCGUGUCGGUGAGUACUUCAGGGGGUAUGCGUGGCGGCAAACACUGUCGGACGCAACCUAUAUACACACGUGGCAUGCCUCCCCCUCGAUCGAAGGCUCGAGCUGGAAAACGAAGCAGCCCCGCCCGGCCGUGGGGAGUCGUCAUCGAUUGGUUUUCGCCGGCAUCUGGGUCACUGUCCAGUGUCAAUGUGCUGCCGGGGCCAGUGGGAAAGAGAACCACACCGCCUGCCGUUUGGGGAAGAAGACGCUUCCGCCCGGGUCGUUGCGGACCACAGCACGACCAGAACGACGCGUCAUCUAGGCAAGGGCGGCGACGCUCUCACUGCACGCGCGGAUCGACCAACGCGUUGCCAGCCUCCGGUCGCCGCAGCGGGGCAGCCCUGGUGGCGUCAUGCGUCGUCGAUCGCAAUUUACCCGGCCGCCCAAGCGCACGAUCGGUGCCUUUUCGUGCCGCCUCGCCGCGUCCACUGCGCCUCGACGCGUCCACUGGCACUCUGGCACCAUCUGUCCCCGUCCUGGGCGUAAUCCCGAGCAGUCGGAGAUGCGCUGGGCUGCCGCUGCAUUCCAUCAUCGCCGCGUCGCACCGCAGGCACCGACAGCGCUAUGUAGCGCUUUCGCGAUCAACAGGCGUAUGCGGCGACGCUCUGCGUGCCGACGGGAUGCGUCCAAGAACCGUGAACAGCAAACAUGUAUCCAGAUUAUCGGGUAUAUAUCAUAAGGUCAGACCCUCCACGUCUCGUUCCUCACAACCGAUUUAGCAGCCUGCGCUUCUCUAUUGCGCCUUCACCUCCUCAUCCAACCCGGCCUACAGCCUCUCGCCCAACGUAUCGUCAUGAAACUCUUUCUUACACCGCGCGGUCUUCGCCACCUGGUCCGCGUACUGUCCUCCCAUCAGCCUCCACAGCCACACCACACGCGCAUACGUAAACACACAUCGCCGUUGUGAAGCCCCUUCAGCGUAGUGCCUGCCCACAGCUAGUACGGCAGCGCGCCGAGCAGGCUCGGGUGC